AUGUCUUACAGGAAGAGGCCAUUUGAAAAGAAUGGGAAUGGAGAAAGUAAGCGAAUAAAAGAACUGAGUUCUACUGACACAACGGACGCAAUUGCAAGAGCUAAAGCAAGAUUACUAGAAAAGAACAAAAACGGUACUCCUGAACAGACCGGCCAUAGACAUAGUAAUAACCCACAUAGGGUAGACACUUUGUCAUCGAAGAUAGAUUCGGCUAAAAAGCGAUUAAAUAACCAAGACUCAGAAAGAGAAAGAGAAGAGAGAGAGGGUAAAGGUGGGCUUAAUGUGGAAAUUCAUCCGCUAUUACGAAAUAAUGCUCCAGCACGUACAUUACCUAAAAAUCAUAAUCCGUUAAAGCAAAACGUUAAAAAGUGGUUUGAUCCUACGGCUAUCAAUCCAUAUUUGAACCAAGAUGAUAUGUCGGGACCAAUUACGGCACAGCAUAGACCAAGAACAUUACAAUUCAACGAACAGGGGAAGUAUAUUGCAAAGGGAAAUGAAUUGAGAGAAAAAUUGAAAAAGGAACAAGAAGAAGUGGUCAAAUACCAAGAAACUCAAGAAAAGGGAUUGACAGCGGAUGAAAAUUUAGGGGAACAUUUAUACAAACUGCAAUAUCCACCGGUUGUUGAAUGGUGGGACAGACCGUAUUUGAAAGACCGUAAUUACAAUAACAUUACAGAUGAAUCACGUCUCAUAUAUGACAACGAAAUCGCUCCCAUUUCUAUAUAUAUACAACAUCCUGUGUUGAUACCGCCUCCUUGGGAAAGACAUAUGCCAGACGCGAAACCUAUGUAUCUAACGAAGAAAGAAUUGAAGAGAAUAAGACGAAAUGAUAGACAUGAAAAACAAAAGGAUAUGCAAGAUCGUAUAAAGCUAGGGUUGGAUCCUCCUCCCCCACCGAAAGUGAAAUUAUCAAAUCUAAUGAACGUAUUGACCAACGAAGCAAUUAAAGACCCUACGGCAGUGGAAAUGAAAGUUCGAGAAGAAGUCGAAGAAAGGCAUUUAAAACACAUGCAAGAGAAUGAAGAACGGAAGUUGACUAAAGAAGAAAGGCUUGCAAAAAUUCAAAACCAACACGAAAAAAAUCUUGAAAAGGGAUAUCAUACCACAGUAUUCAAAAUUGAUAAGCUUUCGAAUCCCAGAAACUUCUACAAAAUUGAUAUCAAUGCUAAGCAGUUGGGAUUAUAUGGAAUAUGUUUGUUGAAUCCCAAAUUCAAUUUGAUCAUUGUGGAAGGUGGAGCUAAAAGCAUCAAGUUCUACAAAAGGCUAUUAACGCAGAGGAUCGAUUGGACUGAGAACAUUGCUCCUAAGGUAUCGGAUGAUCUAAACUCCCCUGAUAUAUCACCAGAACAAAUAGAAGAUCUCUCCGAUAAUAAAUGUCUGCUUUUGUGGGAAGGGCAAAUCAAAGAAAUAAAAUUUAAGAAAUGGUCGAUAAUGAGAACUUCCAAUGAUGAUGAGGCAUUUGACGUUCUCAAUAGAUUUGGUGUGAUAAACUAUUGGCGUGAGGCUCUAGUUAUAGAUAAUUAA